UGCUGCCCUGCCCUGCGUGAGCUCUCCUGCUGAGUCAUGGCUUGUGCUGGUCCAUUACUGAAGUACACACACCACGAGAUAGACUAUAUGUCGAGGACCUACAAAUGAGGCAUUACAGCAUGAAAUAGCCGCUCAUAGUAGGCUGUUUAUAUAAGGAAAGGACGCAGACGUGUAGGAGUGGCUGUCCUACAUCGCAAUGAUUGCUGCGGCUUUUUUGGUCUUAUUGAGACCCUUGAGUAUCCAGUGUGUAUUAUUGCUAUUAUUGCUUUUGGUAGGAACUGUCGCCGCGAUCGUGUUUCUCAGCUGCUGGCAUCGCAGGCUCCGUGAUGAGAAAAUUCCCAUAAAAUCGGUGCUCACGAGGCGCUCGAGGAGCCGAGCUGGUUUCCGGCCGCAUCAUUUUCGCUCUGAGGUAUGUCGUCACAGUCCACGUCAUGCGAGGAGAAGCGCACGCGCGCGCGUUUCUGAAGAGCAGCCGCUGAUCGAGAGCGAGCCGGACUCGAGCCUGAGGAAGCGCAGAGUGAAGAAGAGAGUCCAGCCAGACUUCUAUCAGUCCGUGCAGCUCACGCCAACACGCAAACCGAGCUCUGGGUCUGGCAACGCGUCCCUGCGCUGCUCUAUGUCUUCAUCGGCAGAUUUCUCCGAUGAUGAAGAGUACAGUGUGAAAUCUGGGUCGGUGUCGCCAGCACCGGGGGACACGUUACCAUGGAAUUUACCCAGACACGAGCGCUCGAAGCGGAAGAUCCAGGGAGGAUCCGUGCUCGAUCCCGCCGAGAGAGCGGUGCUCAGAAUCGCAGAUGAAAGAGACCGAGUCCAGAAAAAGACCUUUACAAAAUGGAUAAAUCAGCACCUCUUAAAGGUCCGAAAGCAUGUGAACGACCUGUAUGAGGAUUUGCGAGAUGGACAUAACCUUAUUUCCCUUCUGGAGGUGUUGUCCGGUGAGACACUGCCAAGGGAGCGUGAUUUUCUGAAGACGUUGCGGUUGCCGCGAGAGAAGGGCCGCAUGCGCUUCCACAGACUCCAGAAUGUACAGAUUGCCCUGGACUACUUAAAAAGACGGCAGGUGAAGCUGGUGAACAUCAGGAACGACGACAUAACGGACGGGAACCCAAAACUGACACUGGGAUUAAUAUGGACCAUAAUUCUGCACUUUCAGAUCUCGGAUGUCCACGUGACAGGAGAGUCCGAGGACAUGACAGCCAAGGAGAGACUUCUGCUGUGGUCCAAGCAGAUGACUGAAGGCUAUGUAGGUGUCCGCUGUGACAACUUCACUACCUCGUGGAGGGAUGGACGACUGUUCAAUGCUAUCAUUCAUAAGUACAGGCCCGACCUUGUUGAUAUGAGCAAAGUAUCGACACAAAGUAGCAGAUCCAACUUAGAACAAGCGUUUGGUGUGGCCGAGCAGCUUGGUGUGGCCCGACUGCUGGACCCAGAGGAUGUGGAUUUGUCAUCUCCGGACGAGAAGUCUGUCAUUACAUAUGUAUCAACAUUGUACGAUGUCUUCCCGAAAGUACCGGAGGGUAUGGAGGGCAUCAGUGCAAUUGAUGUGGACGUUAAAUGGGUGGAAUACCAGAACAUGGUGAAGUACCUCAGCCAGUGGAUCAAACACAAUGUGACUGUUAUGGCAGACAGAAAUUUCCCCAGCAAUCCCGUGGAACUUAAGGCACUUUAUACACAGUAUCUACAGUUUAAAGAGAAUGAAAUACCACCAAAAGAAAACGAAAAGGCCAAAAUCAAGCAUCUCUACAAAAUGCUAGAGGUGUGGAUAGAGUUCGGUCGCAUCCAGCUCCCUCAAGGGUACCAUCCUAAUGAUGUGGAGAAGGAAUGGGGCAAGCUGAUCGUGGCCAUGCUGGAGAGAGAGAAGAGCCUGAGGCCUGAAGUGGACAGGCUUGAAAUGCUACAGCAGAUUGCAAACAGAGUUCAGCGAGACUGCGUAGCCGGAGAGGACAAAUUAGCGUUAGCACGGACGGCUCUGCAGUCGGAUGCCAAACGGCUGGAAUCAGGAAUCCAGUUUCAGAAUGAAGCAGAGAUCGCUGGUUACCUUCUGGAGUGUGAGAACUUACUGAGGCAGCAAGUGGUGGACAUCCAGCUUUUACUGGACGGGAAAUUCUACCUCGCUGAUCAACUCGUUCAAAGGGUAUCUAAGCUCCGAGAUGAGCUGCUGGCUUUGAGGACAGAGUGUUCAACCGUCUACAGCAAAGGACGCACACUGACCUCAGAACAGACCAAGAUGAUGAUCUCUGGCAUCACGCAGAGUUUGAACUCAAACUUCAGUGCUGGACUGUCUCUGGCGCUCAGUCACGGAGGCCUGGUCACAUCGGGCGGCAGCCCUGCGAUGAGCCCGGCCAUGACACCCAGCAUGACCCCUGCCGCGGUCCAGACUUACCUCAGCGGCAGAGGAGGAGGAGGCAUGGAGCCCGCUGGCCUUCAGCAGCUCAAACACAUGCAGAUCCCCAAGCCCAUGCUCAAAUCCUCCUUCGUGGAUCCCAGCUUGAGCGAGGAUGAGGUUCAUAUGAAGUUUGUGCAGGAUCUGCUUAGCUGGGUUGAGGAAAUGCAGGUUCAGCUUGAUCAAGCAGAAUGGGGGUCUGAUCUAACGAGCGUUGAAUCAAAUUUAGGGAAUCAUAAAGAUUUUCACAAAGCCAUCGAAGAAUUCCAGAUGAGCAUCAAAGAAGCCAAAAUGAGUGAGAUUCAGAUGACCCAGCCGCUGAAGCAGAGUUACUCUGAGAAGCUGAAGAAGUUAGAAAGCCAGUACAGGAGGCUGCUGAAAUGCUCCGGUGAGAGGCAGAAACACCUGGACAGUCUGUAUGAUUUUGUAUCCCGUGCCACUCAGGAGCUGAUCUGGCUCAAUGAGAAGGAGGAAGAGGAAGUGGCUUUCGACUGGAGUGAGAGGAACAGUAAUGUUUCAAGGAAGAGGGAUUAUCAUGCAGAUCUCAUGAGAGAACUGGAUGACAAAGAGGAGGUGAUCAAGUCAGUACAGGAGAAGGCAGAGAGCCUCCUUCUGGAGAACCAUCCUGCCAGAUUGACCAUCGAGGCGUACAGAGCAGCCAUGCAGACUCAGUGGAGCUGGAUACUGCAGCUCUGUCACUGUGUGGAGCAACAUCUGAAAGAGAACGCUGUCUACUUUGACUUUUUCAGCGAAGCCAAAGAGUCAUUGGAUUACCUCAAGAGCCUCCAAGAUGCCAUCCACAGGAAGUACAGCUGCGAUCGAAGCAGCAGUUUACAUCGGCUCGAGGAUCUAAUUCAAGAGUCCAUGGAUGAGAAAGAACAGCUCCUGAAAUACAGCAGCACAGUGGGUGGGUUAGUGGGCCGGGCAAAGUCUGUUGUUCAGCUCAAAGCCCGUAACCCAGAGAACCCCAUCAGGACCUCCAUACCCGUCAAAGCCAUCUGUGACUACCGCCAGAUAGAGAUCACCAUUAGCAAAGAAGAUGAGUGUGUUCUAGUGAGCAAUUCUCACAGGGCAAAGUGGAAAGUGAUCAGCCCAUCUGGAAAUGAGGCCAUGGUGCCUUCAGUCUGCUUUAGUGUACCUCCACCCAACAAGGAGGCCACUGAAAUGGCAAGCAGGAUCGAGCAGCUGUAUCAGAAUGUUCUGGCUCUGUGGCACCACUCUCACAUUAACAUGAAGAGCGUCGUGUCCUGGCACUAUCUGAUGACUGACAUCCGCACCAUCCGCAAAAGCACUGUUGCUUCGAUCAAGACGCUAUUGCCAGGUGAUCACGAGCAGGUGCUGAGCAGCCUGCAGUCCCACUUUGAGGAAUUCCUGAGGGACAGCGAUGAAUCAGAGGUUUUUACGGUGGCUGAUUGUGCCCAGCUGGAAAAGGAGGUUCUGGCUUGUAAGGAGUACUAUGAGGAACUCCUCAAAUCUGCAGAGAGAGAAGAACACGAGGAGUCCGUGUAUAACCUCUUCAUAUCUGAGGUGCGUAACUUCCGCAUGCGAGUGGAGGGUCAUGAGGAACAGCUGAUCCGGAAAAUCCGUACCCCGCUAGACAGAGAUGACCUGCAGGAGUGUGUGCUGCGCAUCACCGAACAGGAGAAGAAGAAGGUAGAGCUGGAUAGGUUGAAGGAUGACCUGGAGAGCCUGAGAGAGAAGUGUGACGUCUUCCUCAGGCAAGCAGCUGCCUCUCCAUCCCUCCCUACGCUUUCCUCUGAGCUGAACAUCCUCACUCAGAGCACAAACCAGGUCUACUCCAUGUGCUGCAUCUACCUGGAGAAGCUGAAGACAGUGAGUUUGGUGGUGAAGCACAGUCACAGUGCAGAAGCUCUGGUCAAACUUUAUGAAGCUAAGUUGUGUGAGGAGGACACAAUCAAUGCUAAUAUCAAAUCUAUCGAUGGCGUCAUGAGCACUCUUAAGCAAUGGAGGUCUGAAAUCGAUGAAAGGCGUGAGGUAUUCCAUGACUUAGAGGACGAGCUGCAGAAGGCACGAGUGGUCAGUGAGCGCAUGUUCAAAACGCACAACGAGAGAGACUUUGAUUUGGACUGGCACAAGGAGAAGGCCGACCAGCUCAAAGAACGAUGGCAAAACAUCUACUCUCAGAUUGAAAACAGGCUCCGAGACCUGGAAGGCAUCAGCAAAUCACUUAAGUACUACAAAGACACGUACAACAGCCUGGAUGAAUGGAGCAGAGAAAUGGAAGCCAAGCAGCUCAAGGCCCAAGAGAAUCAGCCCGAGGACAGCAAGGCAUUGGCUGAAUUCCUUAACCAGCAGAAAGUUUUGGUCACAGAAAUUGAACAAAAACAAAGCAAAAUUGAGGAGUGCCAGAAGUAUUCAGAGCAGUAUGCAGUUGGAGUGAAAGACUAUGAACUGCAGUUGAUGACUUACAGAGCCAUGGUUGACUCUCAGCAUAAGUCUCCAAUGAAGAGAAGGAAGAUGCAGAGUUCCUCUGAUGUCAUCCAGCAAGAGUUUAUGGACCUUCGUACGCGCUACACAGCCCUGGUUACUCUGAUGACACAGUAUGUGAAGUUUGCAGGUGAAACACUAAAGAGGGCAGAAGAGGAUGAGAGGAGGAAGUCAUUGGAAAAUGCGGAGUACUUGAGCUGGACUGAGAGCAUGGAGCUGCAGAAAUCUGAAAGUGAAGAGGAGAUCGCCAGGCUUAGGCGUCAGAGGUCUGUUGAGGAUGAGAAGAAAGAGCAUGGUGAUAAGGUUAACAAGUUGUUAAAUUGGAUGAAAACGAAUCCAAACAAAGACGGAAAGGCUCAAAGUGAUGGCAAAUCCAGCACUGAGGGCACUAAUAAGCCCCAGAUGACACUGGAGGAGAUGGUGACAAAAAAGGAACAAAUUGGAGAAGCAUUGAGAACUACCCAGCUGAUACUAACCAAACACAGUGACAAAAUGACUGAAGAAGAAAAGCAAGAAGCAAAAGAACAGCUGAAUUCUCUUCAUCAGGCCUACAGCGAGCUCUCUCAGCAGUGCGCAGAUACAGCUUCCUCGGCCGAUCAGGCGGUUGUGGAGAAGCAGAGGGAGUUUUCAGAAAAGCUGCAGGAGCUGUUUGAUGAUCUGACACAGACAGAAAACCGCCUCAUUGGCCACCAGCAAACGGCUGCCAGUGCAAAGACUGUGGGAGACCUCCAGCAAUACCAACAAGAGCAUCAGGCUCUACAGAAAGACCUGCAGGCUCAUGCCAGUGCUCUCAAUGAAGUCAUCAGUAGCACAAAGAAGUUUCUGGAGGAGAAUCGUAGCAAACUCACUCCAGAGCAGAUAUCGACUCUUGAAAACAAACUGGAGGAAUUGAAGAGCAAAGUGAACAUGCUUAACCAGAGGGCAGAAGAGUCAAGGAAAGAUCUAGAGAAGGUAGCAGCUGUUGAACAACUUGAAGAGAGCAAAACUAAGAUCGAGGGUCUUCUGGACUGGAUCUCUAACGUUGGGAAAGAGAAGGAAAUGGGUGGAAUACAAAAGGACCAGAUGGUUAAACAGAAUGGAAACAUGCCUGAGAACACAUCAAUGAAGAGAAUAAUUGGAGAGGAAGAUGAUCCUAAUGGAAAUGCAUUUGAUACUACAGACAACACAAGUCUGUGUACUGGCGAAAAACAAGACGGUAAAAACCUGGACCUGGACCAGCAGUUUAACAGGGUUAAAGCCCACCACCAGGAGAUCUUGUCCCAACAGCAGGAUCUGAUCAUCGCCACACAAUCGGCACAGGCGUUACUCGACAAACAGGCUCAGGUCCUGUCACCCGCUGAAAAAGACAAGUUACAGAGGGACAUUCGAGAGCUGGAGGGUCGCUACAAGGCCUCUCUCACGCAGGCCGAGCAGCAGAUGAAGCAGGUCCAGACUGUCCAGGAGGAGCUUCAGAAGUUCAAGGGGGUCUGUGAGGAGUUUGAGACCUGGUUACAGCAGGCCCAAGGGGAGAUGGAGGAGCUCGGUGCGCCCGCUGCUGGUCUGGACACUCUGAGUAACAAUCUACAGAGACAGAAGAGUUUCUCUGAGGACGUCAUCUCUCAUAAAGGAGACCUGCGCUUCAUAACCAUCUCCGGUCAGAAGGUGCUGGACGCAGCGAAGGCCUGCGACUGUAGUGAAUCUGGGGGAGCUGGCGGUCUGCCAGUGGUUGAUAUGUCCGGGACUUGUGCUGCUGUGAAAGAAAGGCUGGAUUCUGCCGCCAGUCACUACAAAGCCUUGCACACACAGUGUAAUCAACUUGGAAAUAACCUGAAAGACGUGGUGGACAAGUACAAGAAGUAUGAAGACGCCAGUGGUGCUCUGGUGAAGUGGCUGAAUGUCUCUGAGGAAGAGUCCAGAAGGCAGCAGUCCGAGCCCAUCGCUGGAGACCCACAAACCCUACAGAGACAGCUGGAGGAGACCAAGAAUCUUCAAGGGCAAACAACGUCCCGUCAGGCUGCGGUGGAUUCGCUGAGAAAAACAGCUGAUGCUUUAAUCAGCGCAGAGGGAGACCUGCUGUCCCAUCCAGAAGAGAUUCAGGAGACAGUGGAUGACAUCACAGAGAGAUAUGACAACCUGUCGAAAUCAGUGAGUGACCGCAACGAGAAGCUGCAGGUGACUCUGACGCGCUCCCUGAGUGUGCAGGACGGCCUGGAUGAGAUGAUGUCCUGGAUGGAGAAGGUGGAAGAGAGCGUGAAGGAGACGCCCAAAGUGCUGCUGGACUCCAGCUCCGUUGCAGAUGCGCUUAGCAAGGAGGCAGCCGUGGAGCAGGACAUGUCCAGCAGGCAGAGCAGCAUCUUGGCCAUGAAGGCAAAGGUGAAGACGUUUGUGGAGGGUGCUGAGCCGGCCGCUGGCGUCCUCCUCCAGACUAGGAUGGAGGGCCUGUCCCAGCGGUUUACUGACGCCUCUGAGCGGCACAAGCAGAAGGUGGCUCAGAUGGAGGAGCUCCGAGACAAGGUGGAGCAGUUUGAGAAGACAUCUGAGAAGGUGCAGCAGUUUGUGCUGAAGUGCUCCCAGGCUCUCUCAGAGUCAGACGGGCCAGGGAAGAACAUCACUGAGCUCUCCCAGCUCCUCCAGGACACAAAUGAAGAGUUAGCCGAGCACACAAAGGACAUGGGAACACUCCAGAAACUGACUGAGGAGCUCAGCAAACUGGGUCCAGAAGGAAGCACUGCUCUCCUUCAGAGCAAGAUGCAGAACAUCUCUGAUGACUUUAAUGCUUUUAAAGACACUAUUACUGAGAAAAAAGAGGAGGUUUCAUCCUGUCAGAAGCAGCUGCAGGAGUUCAGAGCUGCCGCAGGGGUGUUAAUGAAAUGGCUGGAGGAGACAAAAGAGCAAGUGCCAGAGCUUCAGCCCAACUGCAGUGAACAGAGCCUGGGAACAGACCUGCAGAAAGUCCAUGGCUUAUUGGACGAUUGGACCUCCAAAGCUCCUGCAGUCCAGGAUAUAAAUAGCAAUGGAUCUGCUCUAUGUAGCCUAAUCAGUGUUUUGACAUCACCGGCCAAAGCCAAGAUACGUCACAACUCAGGAUCAGCUGUCAGUAAUGGUUCUGGUACAGGCAGCCAUUCCUAUCUGACAAACCAAGAGCUGAUGCUGGUACAGCAGAACAUGUCCUACAUGAACAACAAUUAUGAACAUCUGGGGGAACUCCUGAAGGCCAGGUCCUCUGAGCUCGGCGCUUUGUUAAAGAGAGUUCUAGGUGUCCAUGAACAAGCUGAGUCUUUACGUCAGUGGAUGGAAGAAACAAAGAAAACAGCAACAUCAUUGAGUAGCCAUCCUUCUGGGAAAGACACAGUAAAAUCACAGAUAGAGCAACAGAAGGUCUUUGAAGAUAAUAUGAAACAAAAGCAAAUGCAGCUUCAGCAGCUCAGGGAGAAUCUGCUCCGUUUAAUCGAGGAGCACCCUGAUUCACCCGAGACAGAAAAGUGGAAGCACAUGCUGGCACAGAUAGACGCAGGAUGGGAGGAGGUCAGGGGCACAGUGGAGAUCCGGAAGCAGCACCUGGAGGAGUCGUCCCGCAUGCUGGAGCUCUUCCAGACGACCCAGCCGCAGCUCUCACAGUGGCUGCAGGAGAAGGAGCUGAUGAUGGGCGUCCUGGGGCCUCUGUCUGUGGACCCAAACAUGCUUAACACACAAAAGCAGCAAGUCCAGAUUCUCCUCAAGGAGUUCGAGAGCCGCAAGCCUCAGUAUGAGAAGUUAACUGAUGCGACCACAGCCAUUGCUAGUGCGUCAGAGCAGCAGGAUCCUACCGUAGAGCAGGUUAAAGAACAGAUGGCAUCUGUUUCCCAGAAGUGGCAGGCCCUGACAGGUCAGCUGUCUCAGAGACAUGCUCUCAUUGAGAAGGCUGUCGGCAAGACCACUCAGUUCCAGGAGCUCUUGCGAAGCCUCAGUAAAAGUGCCACUUGUCUGGAGACUGAACUUAAUAACCAGCAGGCCCUCAGCACCCAACCUGAUGAAGUCAAGAAGCAGAUUGAAGCCACUAAUUCAAUCCUGGCUCAGCUACGAGAGGAGAAGAAGAAGCUGAAGGAGGCAGAAACCGUCUGCUCUGAGCUCUCUGCCAUGGUGACUGAAGAGUAUCUCAGAGCAGACUUGACAAAACAGCUUGAGAGCAUCACGAAACCAUUUAUACAACUUGAGGACAAAGCAGGAAAGCGGAUUGAGCAGCUCAACUCAGCCUUUGCCAGCUCCCAGCAGUUCCAUCAGACAUCUAAGGACUUCCAAGCCUGGCUGAAUCAGACUCUGCAGGAGCAGUGUACGCCACAGCCCAUCUCUGCUAAUGCAGAGAAGUUAAAACAUUGUCUCAAGGAGAACAGUGCCGCUCAAAAGGCAAUUAGCGAGCAUGAAGAACCUUAUAACACCAUCAUUAAAGAGGGAGAAGCUCUCCUCCAGAGCACGGAGGGGGCAGAAAAGGUGGCCCUUCAGGGACAGCUCUCUGCUCUGAAUUCUAGCUGGCAUGAUGUGAAGAAAGGUAAUGCUGAGAAAGCAGAAAAGUUUCAAGGGGCCUUGGAGAGGGCACUGAAGUACACAGAACACUAUGAGAAACUUAGCUCAUGGUUGCAAGAGGUUGAAGACAGGGAGAAGAAUGUGAAGCUUAGCGCAAACUCAGUGGAGAUUGAGGGCUCCCUCUCACAGUUGAAGGCCAUCCAGAAAGAUGUUGAGAAGCAUAGAGGGCAAGUUGUGAUGAUGAAUGCAGCUGCAGACAGCCUCCUGGAGGUAGUCACCUCAGAUGGAGAUUCAGUUAGGGAGGAGAAGGUAGCUAUUGGUAAAAGAGUCGAUAAGCUGACAGAAGAUUUAACGCUUAAAAGAGAAUCAUUAGAAAAUAUCUCACAGAAGCUAAAAGAGUUCAACGACUUACAGAAAGAAGCCAAAGGGCAGCUGGAGGCUGCCAGGAAACAGCUUGAUUCUCACUCAGCUUUGGGUGUCCAGGCCUACAGCAAUAAGAACCUGACCAACAUGAAGGCUCAGCAGAACAGCUUAGAGGGUGUCCACAACCAGGUUGAGCAUCUUAAAAAUGUUGCAAAAAGUCUUGUGGUAGAUGCCUCUGAGGUGGAAGGUGUGACAGACCUUCUUCUUCAGGCAGACAGCUUGGAAAAAGACCACAUGUCAAUUACCAAAAAGGUAGAGGAUGCAUGCUCCACCUUGGAGAACAAACUGCAGGGCAUUGGACUAUUCCAGAACAGUAUUCGUGAAAUGUUUGCAAACUUCACAGACCUGGACGAUGAGUUCGAUGGAAUGGCUCCUGUAGACAGGGAUCUUGACACCUUACGGGAUCAGCAAAGCACUGUCAAAGACUUUGUUGCUAGACUUCAGGAUCUGAUGACCAGCACAGCCAAUGGCAGAGACAGGUGCAAAAAGAUGCUGGAGUCAGAGGCCUCUCCAGAUCUCCUGGGUCUGAAGAGAGACUUGGAAACCCUGGGGAAGCAGUGUGGAAAGCUGAUGGACCGAGCCACGGGUAGAAGAGAACAUGUUGAGGAGACCCUCAGUCAUCUGGAGGAGUUCUACAGCAAGGCGCAGGUGUUUAGCCAUAAACUGAGCAGUGCCGAAAAACAAGAGGAGUCCCAAGGGUCUGUUGGCUUGGAAACAGAAGUCAUUAACCAACAACUGGAGUCCUUCAAGGUUUUCCACAAGGAUGUCAUUGAGUCGCUGCAGAGCCAAUUGCAGGAACUGAACACACUGGGCCAGGCACUGAUCCAAAAUGCAGCCAAAGGCACCAGCACCAAAAAACUUGAUCAUGAUCUAGAGGAGGUCAACACCAGAUGGAACACCCUCAACAAAAAAGUUGCAGAGCGAUCUGCACAGCUUCAUGAAGCCCUGCUGCACUGUGGCAGGUUCCAGGAUGCACUGGAGUCCCUUCUCAGCUGGCUCACGGACACCGAGGAGCUGGUGGCCAAUCAGAAGCCUCCAUCAGCAGAAUUCAAAGUGGUGAAAGCACAGAUACAAGAACAGAAGCUCCUGCAGAGACUGCUGGAUGACCGGAGAGCUACGGUGGAGCUGAUUAAGACAGAGGGACGGAAGGUGACAGACUUAGCUGAUACUGUUGAUAAGGAGAAGAUUGCAAGAGAGAUUGAAUGCCUGGGGCAAAGGUGGGACACCCUACUUAAGAAAGCUGAGAACAGACAAAAGCAGUUGGAGAAUAUUUUGGUGGUGGCACAGCAAUUCCAUGAGACCCUUGUGCCUUUGAUGGAGUGGCUGGCAGCUACUGAAAAAAGACUAGCCAACUCAGAGCCUAUCGGCACCCAGACGUCCAAGAUAGAGGAGCAAAUUUCUCAGCAUAAGGCUUUAGAGGAGGAGGUUUUGGGCCGUGGUAAGAUCUUGUACCAGGCCAUGAGUCUGGGCCAGUCUCUACGGGCGGUCAGCUGUGUGGAUGACAAGCAGCUGGUGCAGGCAAAGCUUGACAACACGCACAGCAGCUACAUCGAGCUGCAGGAGCAUUGCCGCCAGAAGUCUGAGUUAUUGCGGCAGGCUUGUGCUAAUGCACAGCUCUUUGGGGAGGACGAAGUGGCCCUAAUGACCUGGCUCGAUGAGAUGCACACCAAACUGAGCGAAGUCUCGAUCCAAGACUACACGAGGACUGUGAUCGCAAAACAGCAUGCUGAGCAGCUGGCUCUUCAUGAAGACAUUGAGUUGAGGAAACUAAAUAUUGAACAGGCCAUCGUAAAUGGGUUAGAACUGCUGAAACAGACCACAGGCGAUGAGGUUGUCGUCAUCCAAGGUAAACUAGAUGGAAUAAAGACAAGGUACUCAGAGAUCAACACAAUGAGCAACAAUGUUUCAAAGACUCUGGACAAAGCCCUGUCUCUUGCUACAAAGCUGCAAAACACCCAUGAAGAGCUGAACUCCUGGUUGGAGAAGGUAGAGUCUGAGCUGGCCACGUUUACAGCUCAAGAGCCGGUCGGAGAGCAGCUCACUCACUUACAAGAGAGGCAGAGAACACUGAUGAAGGAGGUUAAGGAUCAGAAGCCAGUGGUUGACUCUCUGAAUGAAGUAAGCAGCGCUCUGCUGGAACUCGUCCCAUGGCGAGCAAGAGAAGGCUUGGACAGGAUGGUCACAGAUGACAACGAGCGCUACAGAAUGGCUAGCGAUGCCAUUACACAGCAUGUAGACCAGACCGGAGCUGCCAUCUUAAAAUCCCAGCAGUUUGAGCAGGCUGCCACCGCUGAGCUUGAAUGGCUGACGGAGGCAGAAAGGAAGUUGUUAUGCCUUGGGGAUGUCAGACUUGAGCCGGAGCAGACCACAGCUCAGUUACAGGCUCAGAAGAGCUUCUCCAUGGACAUCAUGAGACAUAAAGAUGCUGUGGAUGACAUUGUGAAGACCAGCGAGGUCAUUAUGAACAGUAAAGAUGAGGCAGAGAAGCAGGCGCUGAGGAUGAAGCUCCAGACACUGUCAGAGAAAUACAAUGUGGUCAGCCAGCUGAAUUCGGAGCGCUGUCUGCAGCUGGAGAGAGCUCAUUCUCUGGUCUGCCAGUUCUGGGAAACGCACGAUGAACUCUGGCCAUGGCUGCAGGAGACGAGGACUGCCUUCACUCAGCUGUCCCAGCCGGCUAUUGAGUACGAAGUGCUUCGACAGCAGCAAGAGGAGCUGAGGCAAAUGAGGGAACUGAUAGCAGAGCACAAGCCACACAUUGACAAGAUGAAUAAAACUGGACCCCAGCUUGUGGAGUUGAGUCCCACUGAAGGGGUGCCUAUCAGAGAGAAAUACGAGGCUGCGGAAAAACUGUACAGCCAGCUGAAAGUCGACGUCAAGCAUAGAGCAGCUGCCUUGGAUGAGGCCAUCUCCAAAUCCACUCAGUUCCAUGAUAAGAUAGACCCAAUGCUGGAGUCUCUGGAGCGCAUCGCCGAACGCCUGCGCCAGCCUCCAUCCAUCUCUGUUGAGGUGGAGAAGAUCCGAGAACAGAUAUCAGAGAACAAAGCGGUGAAUGUAGACUUGGAGAAACUUCAGCCAUCCUAUGAGACCCUCAAGCAGCGAGGAGAGGAGAUGAUCGCUCGCUCUGAAGGAGCAGACAAGGACCUUUCGGCCAAAGCUGUUCAAGAUAAGCUGGACCAGAUGGUGUUUCUGUGGAAUGACAUCCAAGCUCUUCUGGAGGAAAGAGAGGCCAAGCUCCUGGAUGUCAUGGACUUAGCCGAGAAGUUCUGGUGUGAUCACUGCGCUCUGAUCGUCACCAUCAAAGACACGCACGAUCUGCUGAAAGAGCUGGAGGAGCCUGGAGUCGAUCCUUCAGUGGUCAAGCAACAGCAAGAGUCUGUGGAGGGCUUUAGAGAAGAGAUUGACGGGCUGCAGGAGGAACUGAAUGUGGUCCAGAAUCUGGGGGCGGAGCUUAUGACAGCAUGCGGAGAACCUGAUAAACCAGUGAUCAAGAAAAGUAUAGAUGAGGUGAACUCAGCUUGGGAAACCCUGAACAAGGCAUGGAAAGAGAGAGUGGAGAGUCUAGAGGAAGCCAUGCAAGCUGCAGUGCAGUUCCAGGACAGUCUCCAGAACAUGUUUGACUCGGUGGAUAUUAUGGAAGGCAAACUGGAUUUGAUGUCUCCCGUGGGCACAGACCUGGAGACUGUGAAACAACAGAUAGAGGAGCUGAAGGAGUUCAAAGGUAGUGCGUACCAGCUGCAGAUCGAGAUGGAAAGGCUGAACCAUCACGCCGGGCUCCUGAUGAAGAAGGUGCUAGAGGAAGAUGACCGCACUUCCAUCCUGGAGCCAAUGAAUGAGCUGAAAAUGCUCUGGGACAACCUGGACAAAAAGAUCAUCAACAGACAGCACAAGCUGGAGGGAGCGCUGUUGGCUCUAGGGCAGUUCCAGCAUGCUUUAGAUGAACUUCUGGCUUGGCUCACUCAUACUGAAGAGCUGCUUAAUGAACAGAGGAAGGCCUGCGGUGACCCCAAAGCCAUCGAGAUCGAGCUCGCAAAGCACCACGUGUUGCAGAACGAUGUGCUGGCCCAUAAGACCACGAUGGAGGCGGUGAACAAGGCCGGCAGUGACCUCAUUGAUUCCAGUGCUGGAGAGGAGGCACAAGGUCUGCAGAACAAGCUGGAGAACCUCAACCAGCGCUGGAGGACUAUCCUGGAGAAGACUGAGCAGAGAAGACAGCUUCUGGACAGUGCUCUGCUGCAGGCUCAAGGUUUCCAUGGUGAGAUUGAAGACAUGCAGCAGUGGCUGAAAGACACCGAGCGUCAGCUGUUAGCAUCAAAGGCCCUCGGAGGCUUACCAGACACGGCCCGAGAGCAGCUUAACACCCAUCUGGAGCUCUGCAGUACACUGGAAGCAAAGGAGGAAAUAUAUAAGCAGCUUCUUGACCGAGGGCAGCAGAUUUUGACCCUGACCCCUGAAGGUCAAGACAGCAGCACUGAGCUGGACCUACACAACCUGCAGGAGAAGUGGGAAUGUGUUCAAGCCAAGGUGACAGAGAGGAAGGUGAAACUGGAGGAGGCUCUGGUGACGGCCACAGACUUCCAUAACUCACUACAAGAUUUCAUUAACUGGCUGACCCAGGCCGAACAGACCCUCGCUACGGCCUCGCCCGCCUCCCUCAUCCUGGAGACCGUCAUGUUCCAGAUAGACGAGCAUAAGGUGUUUGUGACUGAGGUGAACUCACAUCGGGAUCAGAUCAUCGAGCUGGAUAAGACAGGAACACACCUCAAGUACUUCAGUCAGAAACAGGACGUGGUGUUGAUCAAGAACCUCCUGCUGAGCGUUCAAGGCCGCUGGGAGAAGGUCGUGCAGAGGUCAGUGGAGAGAGGACGCCUGCUGGACGAUGCCAGGAAACGUGCCAAACAGUUCCAUGAGUCCUGGAACAAACUGAUGGAGUGGCUGGAAGAGUCCGAGAGAACGCUGGACUCUGAGCUGGAGAUCGCUAAUGAUCCGGACAAGAUCAAGACGCAGUUAACCCAGCACAAGGAGUUCCAGAAAACUCUGGGCAGCAAGCAUUCGGUGUAUGACACCACCAGCCGCACGGGCCGAGCUUUAAAGGACAAGACCUCCUUGCAAGAUGACAACCAGAAACUGGACGACAUGCUCAGUGAGCUCAGGGACAAAUGGGACACAGUCUGCGGGAAAUCUGUGGAGAGGCAGAAUAAGCUGGAGGAGGCUCUGCUGUUCUCAGGUCAGUUCACAGACGCACUGCAGGCUCUCAUCGACUGGCUUUAUAAAGUGGAACCACAGCUUGCUGAAGAUCAGCCCGUGCAUGGAGACAUAGACCUCGUCCUGAACCUCAUCGACAGCCAUAAGGUGUUCCAGAAAGAGUUGGGCAAAAGGACUGGCAGCGUGCAGGCUUUGAAGCGCUCGGCACGUGAGCUUAUUGAGAACAGUCACGAUGACUCGUCCUGGGUCAAAGUUCAGAUGCAAGAGCUGAGCACGCGCUGGGAGACGGUGUGCAGCCUCUCUGUGUCCAAACAGACACGGCUCGAGCAGGCACUGUGUCAGGCUGAGGAGUUCCACUCCACUGUUCAUAUCUUACUGGAGUGGCUUGCAGAGGCCGAGCAGAGCCUUCGCUUCCACGGUGCCUUGCCAGAUGAUGAAGAAGCCCUCCGCGCUCUCAUUGAACAGCACAAGGAGUUGAUAAAGAAGCUGGAAGAGAAGCGACUGGCACUGAAUAAAGCCACAAGCAUGGGAGAGGCGAUCCUGUCCAUCUGCCACCCAGACUCCAUCACCACCAUCAAACACUGGAACACCAUCAUCAAAGCACGCUUUGAGGAGGUGUCAGCCUGGGUGCGCCAGCACCAGCAGAGACUCUCCAGUGCUCUGGCCGAACUGCUGGCCACGCAAGAACUGCUGGAAAACCUGCUGAACUGGCUCCAGUGGGCUGAAACCACACUCGGCGAGAAAGACAAGGAACCUCUUCCUCAAGAGUUAGAGGAAGUCAAAUCACUCAUCGCUGAGCACCAGACAUUCAUGGAAGAGAUGACCAGAAAUCAACCAGAUGUGGAUAAAAUCACCAAAACUCAUAAGAGAAAAGCCACAGCAGAUCCUCCUGUUCAGUCUCAUAUCCCUGUUCCAGAGAAAGGACGAACAGCCAGAAAGAGAUCCCCUACACAAUCCAUGUACACCGCAGCAUCACAGGCACAAAUCGAGACUAAGAACCCCCGAGUGAACCUGCUGGUCAGUAAGUGGCAGCAGGUGUGGCUUCUGGCACUGGACAGGAGGAGGAAGCUCAACGAUGCUCUGGACAGACUAGAGGAGCUGAAAGAGUUUGCCAACUUUGACUUUGACGUAUGGAGGAAACGCUACAUGCGCUGGAUGAACCACAAGAAAUCACGCGUCAUGGAUUUCUUCCGCCGUAUCGAUAAAGACCAGGAUGGCAAAGUCACAAGGCAGGAAUUCAUCGAUGGCAUCCUGUCCUCAAAGUUCCCCACCAGUCGUCUGGAGAUGAGCGCUGUGGCAGACAUCUUUGAUCGUGACGGCGAUGGCUACAUUGACUACUAUGAGUUUGUGGCUGCUCUACAUCCCAACAAAGAAGCUUACAAACCAUUAACCGAUGCAGACAAAAUUGAAGAUGAGGUGACACGCCAAGUUGCAAAGUGCAAAUGUCCGAAACGGUUCCAAGUAGAGCAGAUUGGUGCCAACAAAUAUCGGUUCUACCUUGGAAAUCAGUUUGGAGAUUCCCAGCAGCUGCGGCUGGUGCGGAUCCUGCGCAGUACAGUGAUGGUGCGGGUGGGUGGAGGUUGGAUGGCCCUGGAUGAGUUCCUGGUGAAAAAUGACCCAUGCAGAGUUCACCACCACGGGAGUAAAAUGUUGCGCUCGGAAUCAAAUUCUUCAAUUACUCAGUCUCCUAUAGGUUGGCAACUCUCACACUUUCUCUCCUUGCUCCAUCCCAGUGCUAAGGGCAGAACCAACGUGGAGCUACGCGAGAAGUUUAUUCUCCCAGAAGGCACCACCCAGGUGAUGGCCAGUUUCCGCUACAGAGGUCGAAGGUCACGGCCAUCCUCAAGAGGCACCUCCCCUAACAGAUCCAAUUCUAGUCACAGCUGUCCCACAGCACAACCCAACCCACCCGGAUCCAACACACCCAAGACUCCCCAACAUUUAACCCGCAAUUAUGACAAACCAUGGCUGACAAACAGCAAAUCAGCUACUCCUCUUAAAUCAUCUGACUCCUUUGACAGCCAAGGGUCAUCCAAUGAGAGCACCCCUAUUCAGGGAAGCAAGCUUCGUCUUCCAGGCUAUUUGUCAGGAAAAGGCUUUCAGUCGGGAGAAGAUGGGACCUUGAUAAACGCUGCAGUCAUGAAGGCCAGAGGUCAAUCCAUGGGGUUGGGUAAGAUCCCAAGCAGGCCCGGCAGCAAAGCAGGAAGCCGAGGGAGCAGCCGCCGUGGCAGCGAUGCUUCAGACUUCGAUAUUUCAGACAUCCAGUCGGUUUGCUCGGACAUGUCGGAGCCAGUGACAGACUCAGGACGCCCAACCCCACGCUCAGCCUCACGCCAACACGGAGGCAAACCCUCCAAAAUCCCAACUCCCCAGCGGAGGAGCACCCCUACUAGCAAACUGGCGAAGACUAACAAGAGAUAGUCAACAGUGUCCAGUCCACAAAAGUGGCCAGGUUCCGGGCCUCCAUUCUGACAGCACUGGGUUGGCGCACACUAAACCGAGACUGGACAGACAUAGAUUUACACUAAAGACUGUAAAGUGUUAUUGAUUUUAAAAAGCGUAGCAAGAUGUAAAUUAUUCUGUUGUGAAAAAGGAAGUUAAUGUGGAGUGUAUGUGUGUGAGCGUGUGUGGAAUGCAAUGGCUUUGUGCAUUUGUCCUGUACUUUUUGUGACUUUUGUGUAAUUAAUAUUUUGUUUAUUGCUGGGAAAGGUGAGCGAACACAAGAAGACUGUUGUUAGGUAAACUAACACUUUUCCACAUUUGUGUUGAGGGAGAAGCUGAAUGUACAGUCAUUUCCUCCAGCGGACAUGCUUGUUGGCGAUGAUAUGCCCUUGUAUUCUGCCAGGACACCACAAUUAUUUAUUCAUCUAUUUAAAGUGCAAUGACAAGCUGCUGUUAUGCAUUUAAAGGGUAAUACGAUACCACUGCUACACUACAACUGUAACUCCUGCUAUCAUACACUACAGUUAAUCCUGAUCAUGGCCUUUAAACUUGCAUAUAUAAGAACCGUCUGUAGCACCCGCAGUAAUGUUUGUUUCGAUCAAAUCACAGAUUGUGUGCCAGCUUACUGUGACUAGAACUUUCUGACUAAAUACAUUCAUAAGUGCAAUCAUGCCUGUGUACUCUAUGGUUCCUUUUUGCCUGAUUGAUGCAAAUUACUCAACUUUUUGUAAUAAAUAUGCUUGCAGAAAGCUCAACAAUAUAUACAAACUACAAA